GGUGACUCUCAAUCCUUUCUCUCUCUCUCCAGCCUGGGUUUUUGUUGUUCCGACCAGGUUCCCUGCUCUCUCUCUCUCCUCAUUUCUCUCUCUGUAUCUAUCUAUUGAAGAAGAGAAUACAAGCUAGCGAGAUAUAGAGAGGAAAUUGAGUAAGAGAGGAGCGAAUUGGGAGAUAUUUAAUUAUUUAGGGUUAAGAAAUCAUGAGCGGCGGCGGAGAUAUGAAUCAGCAGCAACAGCUCCAGCAACAGCAGCAAUGGAUGGCGAUGCAGCAGUAUCAGCAGCAAUGGAUGGCUAUGCAGUAUCCGCCGGCGGCCAUGCUCAUGUACGGCCAGCACUACGUGCCGUACUAUCUCCAGCACCAGCAGGCGGGGGCGGCGGCGCCGCCGCCGCAAUACCAGCAGCAGAAGCAGUCGCCGCCGCGGAUUCAGAGCUCCGGCGAAGAUAACCGGACGAUCUGGAUUGGCGACCUCCAGCAGUGGAUGGACGAGGGAUAUCUUCAUUCCUGCUUCGCUCCCGCAGGCGAGGUUCUUUCUGUUAAGAUUAUUCGCAAUAAGCUGACGGGUCAGUCAGAGAGAUAUGGGUUUGUUGAGUUUAGUACUCAUGCAGCUGCUGAGAAAGUUUUGCAGAGCUAUAGUGGCACAAUGAUGCCAAAUGCCGAACAACCCUUCCGCUUAAACUGGGCUGCAUUUAGCACUGGUGAUAAGAGAACACCGGAGCCUAGUUCUGAUUUAUCAAUCUUUGUUGGAGAUUUGGCUGCCGAUGUGACUGACACACUAUUGCACGAAACCUUUGCCAAUAGAUACUCAUCUGUUAAAGGUGCAAAAGUAGUUGUUGAUUCAAAUACUGGGCGCUCAAAAGGCUAUGGCUUUGUUAGGUUUGCUGAUGAAAAUGAAAGGUCCCGUGCCAUGACUGAAAUGAACGGCGAAUAUUGUUCUAGCAGGCCCAUGCGAAUCGGUGUUGCAACUCCCAAAAAACCAUCAACGCAACACCAACAUUCUUCACAAGCUGGUGGAUUUGCUUCGAAUGGUGCUCAAACCCAAGGCUCCCAGUCUGAUAGUGAUUCAUCCAACACAACGAUAUUUGUGGGUGGACUCGAUUCUGAUGUCACUGAAGAAGAACUAAGGCAGUCCUUUAUCCAGUUUGGUGACGUUGUCUCUGUUAAAAUCCCGGCUGGAAAAGGGUGUGGUUUUGUACAAUUCGCUAGCAGGAGUGCAGCAGAGGAUGCAUUGGAGAAAGUAAACGGAUCAGUCAUUGGCAAGCAGACAGUUCGCCUCUCCUGGGGUCGAACUCCAUCGAACAAGCAGCAUGGGAGAAAUGAGAAUAAUGGUCAAUGGAAUGGAGCUUAUUACGGAAGGCAAAAUUAUGGUGGAUACGGAUAUUAUAUGUCACAGAAUAGGGAUCAAAACAUGUAUACUGCAGCAGGCUAUGGGAAUCACCAGCAACCCGUAAGCUGAUACUACUGGAUUGUACUCUGAGUUAGACGUCAGAAAAAACUAGACGCAUCUUUUACUUUUAUUUUUGGUUGAAGUUGAGGCUGAUAUUAAAAAUCAGUCUGUGUGUGAGAAUUUUGUAGCUGGAUUGAAUUCAUCCAUUAGCUAGUUCAGGAUACGUACAAUGCACACUUGAAACCUAUGUUUGUCUUAAUGAUUGGUGAUACUUUUCGACUCUCC